UCGGCUACUUGUGCAGUAAUGAGAGACUCUUGAAGGAUUUUGCUGUCCAUUGACUCCAUUUGAGUAGUGACUGAUGACACACCAAACUCUCUCCGAGUCCCAGCUUGGAAAAAUGGUGGCCACAGAAGAAGAGCAAAAGACCAGACCUUUCAGAGAGUAGUUAACUCUUUGUGCCCGGAACUCAACAUCACGUGGCUUUGACUGUCAUCCUGAAUUGUAGUGUCUGUGGUGGUGUGUAUAUGAGCAAAUUCCUCUCUCUCUCUCUCUCUCUCUCUCUCUCUCUACUGCUCUUCUUUUGUUCGAUUCUUUAGGCAGCUACUGCUUUUCUGGAUGCAUAUGAUGAACUGUGAAUUACCAGUGCACUAUUAGCUCAACCUCAACCGAGUUGCCGGGUUUUUAAGUUAAACCCCUAGAGAGAGGAAGCAAACACAAGUUUUUGAAGAGCCAUGGCAGAAGAUGAUGUGUACACGAAAGAUGGGACGGUAGAUUACCAUGGGAAUCAGGCUGAUAAAAGAAAAACUGGAACCUGGAAGGCCUGCCCCUAUAUUCUAGGAAAUGAAUGUUGUGAAAGAUUGGCAUACUAUGGGAUGAGCUCCAAUCUGGUACUUUACUUUAAGAAGCGACUACAUCAGCACAGUGCUACUGCUAGUAAAAAUGCCUCAAAUUGGAGUGGGACAUGCUACAUCACCCCAUUGAUUGGGGCAUUUAUUGCUGAUGCCUAUCUUGGAAGAUAUUGGACCAUUGCCUGUUUCUCCAUCAUCUAUGUUAUUGGGAUGACACUUUUGACACUGUCAGCAUCAGUCUCUGGCCUAAAGCCAACAUGUUAUGGAGAAGAUAAUUGUCAUGCAACAGAUAAACAAGCUGCAGUGUGCUUUCUAGCACUAUACCUGAUUGCAUUGGGCACUGGUGGGAUUAAGCCUUGUGUCUCAUCAUAUGGAGCAGAUCAAUUUGACGAUACUGAUGAGUUUGAGAAGAAACGCAAAGCUUCUUUCUUCAAUUGGUUCUAUUUUUCGAUCAAUAUCGGUGCUCUUAUUGCUAGUUCUUUGCUGGUUUGGAUACAAGACAAUGUGGGUUGGGGAUGGGGCUUUGGCAUCCCAGCAGUGGCCAUGGCAAUUGCUGUAUUGAGUUUCUUUUCAGGUACUCGGUUGUAUCGGAACCAGAAACCUGGAGGCAGCCCUCUAACACGUAUAUGUCAGGUGAUCGUGGCAUCCUUAAGAAAAUACAAGGCUGAAGUACCUGCUGACAAGUCCAUUUUGUAUGGGACUGCAGAUGUAGAAUCUGCUAUCAGGGGAAGCCGCAAGCUUGAUCACACAACAGACUUCAGUUUCUUUGACAAAGCGGCAGUGGUGGUGCAAACAGAUCAAGUUAAGGGCUCAGAUCAAGUUAAGGGCUCUGUAGACCCAUGGAGACUUUGCACUGUUACCCAAGUUGAGGAGCUGAAAGCUAUUGUACGAUUACUUCCUAUAUGGGCCACAGGUAUCAUCUUUGCCACUGUCUACAAUCAGAUGGGCACCUUAUUUGUGUUGCAAGGCUCCAUCAUGGAUAUUCACAUUGGUCCCUCUUCCUUCGAGAUUCCGCCCGCGUCUCUGUCGAUCUUUGACACCGUUAGUGUCCUUUUUUGGGUCCCAGUCUAUGAUCAAAUCAUUGUCCCAUUAGCUAGAAAAUUCACAGGCCAUAAAAAUGGCCUAACUCAACUCCAGAGGAUGGGCACUGGCCUCUUCAUAUCCAUCUUUGCCAUGCUAUCUGCAGGAAUUUUGGAACUUGUAAGACUUAGAAGUGUUAGAAAGCACAACUACUAUGAACUUGAGCACAUGCCCAUGUCCAUAUUUUGGCAAGUUCCCCAGUAUUUCCUCAUUGGGUGCGCAGAAGUUUUCACAUUCAUUGGGCAAUUAGAGUUUUUUUACGAGCAAGCACCUGAUGCCAUGAGGAGUCUCUGCUCUGCUCUCCAACUAACCACCGUGGCACUGGGGAGCUACUUGUGCUCUCUACUUGUAACCAUUGUUACCAAAGUGAGUACUAGGCACGGGAAGAUUGGAUGGAUACCAGACAAUUUGAAUUAUGGUCAUCUUGAUUACUUCUUUUGGCUCUUGGCUGUGCUGAGUGUGCUGAAUUUGGGAGCUUUUAUCUUCAUUGCAAAAUGGUACACAUAUAAAAGGCCAGUGGGGACUCUCAAAUGAGGUGGUUGAAGCACUUGUAUGUACAGCCUGCUUAAUAAACAGUUGGAAGUCUACUUCAAAGGUAAUUGUCUCUUUAUGUUUUUUUCCUUGAUGUAAAAUAGAAGGUGAGAAAAUAUAGUCAACUACAAUACAAAUAAAACCGAUGUAAUCUCUCUUCAUAUAUCAAGAACUAUUUCUGGAUGCUUA